AGACGUUGUUUUUACGCUGGUUCUGAAGUUAGCCGACUGUAACUAGUUAGCUAGCUAAUUUGUUAUACCUAGUGGCGUUCACGCAGUUUUAAUUGUAUAGUUGUAUACUAUUUACUCUAAAUAAUUAAGCUGUGUUUCCAAGGUACAACAGUCGUCUUCCGUUACGUUUUAGUCGGUGUUUGUUGGUAAACAAUCGCCCUUAGCCGUUUAGCCUAGCAGGCUAACAGGGUCUACAAUGGAGGGCAGCGCCAGCGUGAGGAAAGCUCUGUUCGGGACUCUAGUCCCUGUUACAGUCUCAACAAUGGCUCUUCUCCAACAACCAGAGAAGGAGGACAAAGAAAAGACGAGGAGAAAGGUCCUCGAUGAAGAUAAUUAUAUUGAGAGUCUGGAGAAGAUCAUCCAGCGGGACUUCUUCCCAGAUGUGACUAAGCUGCAGGCGCAGAGGGAAUAUCUGGAAGCAGAGGAAACUGGUGACCUAGUGAGGAUGAGAGAGAUAUCCAUCCGCUAUGGAUCAUCUUUGACUAAAUCUACACCUCGGUCUUCUGCACCCUAUGUGACACCGGCUAGCUUUGAGACACCAGUGGGCGGCCCAGGGUCUCCUUCCUCGACUCUUGGAGGUAAAGGUUUCGAUGGAGAGAGCAAGUGCGGCGACAAGGAGGAGAAAGAGCUGCCCUGUCUGGAUCGCUUCCUUGCUAAAAAUACCAGUGAGGAUAAUGCAUCAUUUGAGCAGAUCAUGGAUUUGGCAGAAGACAAGAACAGGCUAAGGCAUUCCUGGUUAUACGAGGCUGAAACUGAAUACAAAGAGCGCCAUGAACAGAAUCUUGCAUUGCCAUCAGUAGAGAAAGGAGCACUUGAAUGUGUCAAAGCUGGACUCGAGACAUGGGAGUACAAAGCAAAGAAUGCCUUGAUGUAUUAUCCAGAAGGUGUUAAAGAUGAUGAUGAUCAAUUUAAGAAGCCACGGGAGGUCAUUCACAAGAACACACGCUUUGUUGGAGACCCAUUCAGCAAAGCUCUCAACAAAAGCCAGAUUCAGCAGGCUGCAGCUCUCAAUGCACAGUUCAAACAGGGUAAAGUAGGCCCCGAUGGUAAAGAGCUCAUCCCACAUGAAUCCCCAACAGUGAAUGGAUAUGGUUUUGAAAGCAUGCCAUCCCCUGCACCUGGUGGAGCCGAGUCGCCUCUAAUGACCUGGGGUGAGAUCGAGAGCACCCCCUUUCGCCUGGACGGAUCAGACAGCCCUUAUGUUGAGAGGAAUCAUGGACCAUCAUUUAAGAUUCCAGAACCAGGACGGCGAGAGAGGCUGGGAAUAAAGAUGGCCAAUGAAGCUGCAGCUAAAAACCGUGCAAAGAAACAGGAGGCGUGGCGAAAGGUCACAGAGAACCUUGCAAGUCUUACGCCUAAAGGUCUGAGUCCAGCGCUAACCCCCGCCCUGCAGAGGCUUGUUAAUCGGACAUCAAGCAAAUACACAGACAAAGCACUCCGAGCGAGCUACACCCCGUCGCCCUCACAUGGAGUCUGCAAGUCUCCCUUCGGUGGCCCAUCCACUCCCUCUGGAACGCCAACGCCGACCAAAGCCAAGACGCCGAGCUCUCAGGACCUUACAUCACUCACAGACAAUCUGCUGCAACUGCCCAAGAGACGGAAAGCCGCAGACUAUUUCUAAGGAAAUUGUACAAAACAGACAUAUUCUGACAAGAAGAACUUGAUUAUGAACUGCCCAGACACAGAUUUGUCAAGUUAAAUCGCACAUCUUUCAGCUGGUUGACGGAUAAAGAAAUCCAGGAAGACCGAAGAUUUUUUUAUGGAUUUUCUUUUAUUACUUUUUGCUCAGAUGUUUUUAUGUAGACCCCUGUGAAAAAGUGUCUACAUUAUAUUUAAUUACUAUAUUUUUUAUAUUUUGUUUUAUCCCUAAUGCAAGAUGUCAUAGAUUUUUGAACAGCUGUUUCCACCUACCCGGCACAUCAAAUUAAAUCAGUAUAACACAGUAGCUCUUUCUGAGAAUGACACUUAUAAUUGAGUUUUCGACGCUCAGCCAGGAGGCUGAGGCUUCGCCCAGCUCUCGAUACAAGCUGCCAAAACAUUUGAGUGUUUGUCUCUGCAUUAUAAAGAAAAAUCAAAGUGAUGUGUUUUGUUACUGUAAAAAGGGUUUUCCCAGUGUCACACUAUGUUGUUGUAACAAUAAAUCAGGUUUUUUUUGUUAAACA